AUGAAAAAAAUAAGUAAGUUUAUUAGUUUAUUAUUAGUUUCUUUACAUAUUUUAUAUGUAAGUUAUGUUUCCGCUGAUUUGCCAGUGCAUGUAGAAAUUAAGGAUUUGCUUGGUAAAUGGAAAUUAUAUAAAACUAAAACAUCACCUGAAUUGCUUACUUGUGGUUCGACCCAACCUAAUAGCAAUCAAUAUAAUGUAAAAAUAGAGGAUUACAAAAAAUACCUAAUUGACAACCAUUAUCCAUUUGAUUCAGAAUUAAAUGUGGUUUUAUCAAAUGAUUUUGUUAAAUAUGGUGAUGUUCAUGAUAUAACUGGUAAUGAACACAGAAAAAAUUGGAACGUUUUAGCAGUAUAUGAUGAAAAAAGAAGGAAAAAAAUAGGUACAUGGACAACUAUAUUUGACCAAGGUUUUGAAAUAAGAAUAGAUAAUGAAACAUAUACCGCAUUUAUGCAUUAUGAACCAACUGGAAAAUGUCCCGAACCUAGCGAUGAAGAUAUCACCGAUUCCAAUGGAGAAACAAUAUGUUAUUCUACUAGUUAUGAUAAAACAAGAUUUGGAUGGAUAGAUAUAAUGAAUAAAAAUAACGAACAAUUACAUGGCUGUUUUUAUGCUGAAAAAUACGAUACUAUUAAUGACUCUAAUAAUUAUAAAAUCAUAUUAAAUAGAUCCAUUAGUGGCAAAAAAGAGCCUGUGAUCACUGAAAAUAAAACAUGCACAUCUAAUCAAAUAACCGAUUUUGAUUCAUAUGAACCUAAAACUUAUAUUAAAGCUAAUAAAGUUAAAUUGAAUAAAAAUUCUGAAAUGUAUUGGCAUAAAAUGAAGCAUGAUGGAAAGAAAAAACCAUUACCAGAAUAUAUGCUUAAGGUUCAAAAUCAAAAAUAUGCAUGCCCAUGUAACCCAAAUGAAAAUAUAGAUAAUGAAAGAAGCGACGUAGACCCAGAUAGUCCAGUUUCUCCAAAUAUGAUAGAAUUGGGUAAUUCUAAUGUAGAUACAAAUGAAUUAGAUUUAAAUGCAUAUGAAGAAAUAAAAAAAUCGAAACAUACUGAAUUAGAAUUAAAUGAAAUGCCCAAAAAUUUCACAUGGGGUGAUCCAUUUAACAAUAAUGUAAGAGAAUAUGAAGUAAUAGAUCAAUUAACAUGUGGUUCAUGUUAUAUUGCAUCUCAAAUGUAUGUAAUUAAAAGAAGAAUUGAAAUAGGUUUAACAAAACUUCUUGAAACCAAAUAUGCUAACGAUUUUGACGAUGCUUUAUCAUUACAAACCGUUUUAUCAUGUUCAUUUUAUGAUCAAGGCUGUCAUGGUGGAUAUCCAUUUUUAGUUUCUAAAAUGGCAAAAUUACAUGGUAUACCUCUAAAUUCAGAAUUCCCAUAUACUGCUAAACAAUCUACCUGCCCAUAUCCAGUAAAUAAAGGUAUACCUUUAUCGAUGAUAGAAGCUGGUUCAAUAAAUAAAACAGAAAGUGUUCCUAAAGAUAUUAAACCCUCAUUUAGAGAAACCAUUGCUUCAGCAUUAGCAGGAAAUGAUACAAAAGAUAAUAAUAAUAAUGUAAUAGAUUCCGGUGAUCCAAAUAGAUGGUAUAUCAAAGAAUAUAAUUAUGUUGGUGGAUGCUAUGGAUGUAACCAAUGUGAUGGAGAAAAAAUAAUAAUGAAUGAAAUAUAUAGAAAUGGUCCAGUUGUAGGAUCUAUUGAAGUAACCCCCAAUUUUUAUAACUAUGUUGAUGGUGUUUACUAUGAUAAAGGUUUCCCACAUGCUAAAAAAUGUACUGUAGAUGUUCAUAAAGAUAAUGGUUAUGUUUAUAAUAUAACUGGAUGGGAAAAAGUAAACCAUGCUAUUGUUAUCUUAGGAUGGGGAGAAGAAACUAUAGAUGGAAAACUUUACAAAUAUUGGAUUUGCAGAAACAGUUGGGGAAAUGGUUGGGGUAAAGAAGGAUACUUUAAAAUGAUAAGAGGAGUAAAUCAUGUUGCUAUUGAAAACCAUGCUAUUUAUAUUGACCCAGAUUUCACACGUGGUGCUGGUAAAGUACUUUUAGAAAAAAUGAAAAACCAUUAA